GUCAGGUUUAGGAAGUUUCACUCUUUCUCCAGUGUAAACUCGUUUCAAAGCGAUAGUUUAAUCGGAAGCAGGACUUUUCUUUUUUUUUCGGCGGAGUUGUUAAAGUUACAGUCUUUGCAUUCGCGGGCCUGAAACACACAGAAUGACUGAAACAUUCUCAGGUGAGCAGCACACGCGCGUCCACGCGGACCGGUCCCCCGGGUUCCUGGAGCGUCUGAGCGCGAGCACCGGCGGCGUGAUCGCGGGAGUCUGUCUGUUCGCGCUGUCGUUCUACGUGCUCUUCACGAAUGAGGGGCGCGCUGUGCGCACGGCCUCGGCUCUGGAUGAGGGUCUCAAACAGGUCGUGUCUCUUCAUACGGAUGUGACGUUGGACCCCCAGAAUGACGGGCGUCUGGUUCACCUGUCCGGGCCGCUGCGGACCGCGCAGCCGCUGUACGACCCGAACUACAGUGUGACGGUGCAGGCAGUGAAGCUGAAGAGACAGGUGGAGAUGUACCAGUGGGUGGAGUACAGCGAGAGCAGGGACUAUGAGGAGAACGGAGAGAAGAAGACUGAAACCACAUACACAUACAACACUGAAUGGAGGUCAGAGGUCAUCAGCAGCAGGCACUUUGAUAAGGAGGUCGGCCACAUGAACCCCAGCGCGAUGGCGGUGGAGAGCGUGACGGUCGUGGCUCCAGACGUCUGGGUCGGGAACCUCUUCCUGUCUGAAGGGCUGGUGGAGCAGAUCAAUGACUUCCACACACUGAGUCUUCAAGGACUUCCUGUUCCUGUGAUGAACAACUUCCUGACGGUGUACGACGAUUACUUUUACCACACGACAAACCCUCGACGUCCAGAGGUCGGAGACGUGCGCAUUCGUUUCACUUACGCUGGUCUGAGUGGUGAUGGAGUCUAUCCUGGCCCCGCCCACAAGGUGAGUGUGGUGGCGAUGCAGCGGGGCGAUCAGCUCAAGCCCUUCAAGACGCGAUCCGGAGACGUGCUGGAGAUCCUCUACAUGGGCGAUCUAUCAGCAGAGGAGGUGUUCGACAGAGAACAUCAGCUGAACAACAUGAAGACCUGGGCACUGAGGCUUGGAGGCUGGGUGCUCAUGUUUCUGGGCGUCAGUCUGAGCACACGGAUCUUAUACACACUGGUGGACUGGGUUCCUGUACUGAGGGAGCUGGUGUCAGCGGGGCUGAAGAUCUUCGCGCUCUGCGUCUCGUGUUCGCUGUCUCUUCUCACCAUCGCCGCAGGAUGGAUCUUCUAUCGCCCACUGCUGGGCGGGAUGAUCAUGUUGCUCGCACUCCUGCCACUUCUCCUCGCACACGUCAGAGCCCCGUCCAAGAAAACCAAUGACUAGUUUGACGUCUCGCGCAACACCUCCAGCAGCUCUGAGCUUCUCUGCAGUUCUACACAGUGCUGCAGUCGAGAAGACUGCUUUCUUUGGGGUCCUUCAAUGCAGGAAACAUGACUUGAUGAUCAUUUUAUUUGUACAACAUAAACUGCACACAUUAACAGCCAAAUGCUCAUAUGUACUUCUAAACUUACAUCUUUAAAAAUAAGCAUAACAGCUUCAAAAUUCAUAUUCUCAGUACAGAUGUGUGUCAAUAAUUUUGUAGAGAAAAACCAGUAUUGUCAAGUUAUGUUUACCACAGAUAUUAUUUUACAUGUAAAAACUGGUGUUUCCAGUAAAAAUAUCUAAACAUUUGUAGAUCAAGAUACAUUUAAUGGAGAUUCACAAUAACUUAAGAUAUGAAGUCCUCUUUUCUAAAAAUAAAUAAACAUUUUGUUUAUGAUAAACAAAAAAAAAAAAACCUUUAAAAACGGAUCAAAGUUGAGUUUUUGCUCAGAACUAGAAUGAAUAUCUGUCAGUGAGGUCAGAGACAUGAUUUUGUUUUCCAAUUAAGAUAAUUUUCGGAUCCCACUGUCAGAUAUUUAUUACUUAAAGCAUAAACUCACUUCAUAUUGAUCAGUUUUUCAGAAAAAAAAUACUACUCAUCUGCAGUCAUUUUUUGUCUCCAGUAAAUUUCUCUUGAUGAAAGAAUAUUUGGAUAUUUGUACUAGAAAACAAUGAAAAUACAAUGUAAGAAAGUAAUUUUUGCAGCGCACUCAUAAAACUCCACUAUGAAAUCAAAUUGUUAUUCUGCAUUUUCACUUUUAUUUUUUCACAGGAACUUUAUUUACAAUCUGUUUUGUGUGUGUGUGAAGGAGUGUGAAAUAAAGAGCGAACCCACAA